GGGGAAGGUGUUAUCGCGUCCAGCUGUAUCUGGUUCCUUCGUAUUGCUACCUAGCUAGUGGGUGGCCAUUGCUACCGGUAUGUCUCCGAUAGGGUACAGCGUACUAGUAGAGCAUCCUGUGCAGCAUGUUCCAUUCUGAUUAGGCAAGAAUGACAAAGCUGCAGUGCCGUCCUCGUGGCACCGUACAAUGGAAUUUUUGAGUAAUUAUUAGCUCACUCGAGUAGCUGGAUAGCAGUUGCAAUUGAUGCCGAGGGGACAGUGCUACGCUACUACAACUCAGCAAGGCUUCCACUAUCACUCCAACAGGGAGGUACCCGGUAGCUGGCCAGCGGUGAUACCCUCCAGAGGGUCCCGAAUUGAAGACUUGGCCAACCCCAAGGGUCAAAACAGGACCGUAUCCGCUACCACCUACAAUGUAGCCAGCAACAGGUUGCUUGUGGGGUUGCCUGAUUCGAUUCGAAGACUACAUGCACAUGCACCGUGAACGAGAAGAGAGCAAUGUGCAUUGGAACUCUUAUAAUAACUCAAAGCAACCAAAAAGAGCAUUAUUUCAGAGGAAGCAGAACCCAUGUCAAAAACGCGAAUGUUGAUUGGAUAAUCGAAUGAUUGGAUCCAAAGAUCAAAGAUUCUCUUUUCUCAGAACCCUUUGCGGUACCAGCUGGUACAACAUUUAGAGAGUUAGGAUAGAAGCUAUUGAAAUUCUGCAUGUGACAUUCAAAAGAACCAAAAGGGAAUAUGCCAAGGGCACUGCGACAUUGCGAAGAACAGAGCGGGGCGGAUAAGCAGUCGUCAUGCGGUACCAAUGAUUUCGAGAGCUUCUUUCUCGUGAAUUGAAAAAGAGGCAUCAAAGAAAAAGAUUUUGGUGAGCAAAACGAAGCUCUGAUGGGAAGAGCCUCUCGAGCCUCGCUAGCCAUUGACCUUGGGAGAGGGUUCACGUCCCGAACGUCUUUGUGUCAAAGGUCUGGAGUUUCUCUGGCGGGGCGGAGAGAUCUUUAGCUAAAGCGUUUCAAUUGGCAGGCUUCAUCGGCAUGUGAUGCACUUUCUCCCUCAUUGGAUUUGAGUCAAAUGCCGAAAAGGUAUCAUAAAAACAAGUAGACUAUCGAAACAUCCACAACAUCAACUUGGAAGAAACAAGCAAUGCAGCGCUCCAACUCUGCUCCUGACCUCAUUGAGGUCUCUGAAACCGACUUUACCAGCGGCCACUUCGAUCACCAUGAGAACCCGGUCAAGGUGAAUGACAAGGUUGGUGGCAAAGAGCGCCUACGACACCAAAAGCAAAUCUCUGGUUUGACAACGGUAACCACCAACUCUAACGAGCAGCAUCAUGGUGACAACUCGGAGGCGUUGGUUCUACUCGAAGCAGAAGAGGAGGAGGAGGAAGCGGAACAUGGCGAGUCCGGCGGAGGCUGGGGACGAGGCAUCAUUUCCGAUUUCAAGCGUACUGUGGGCACACACUGGGUGCAAGAGAUGACCAACUUUAAUCAGCAAACUGUGGCCGUCUCCUUCUUUAUCUUCUUUGCAGCCAUCGCUCCUGCUAUCACAUUCGGCGCCAUCUACGCCAAGGCUACUCACAACUGGAUUGGUGCGGUCGAGAUGAUCACUGCCACGGCCUGGUGCGGCAUCGUCUACUCGCUGAUUGGGGGUCAGCCCAUGAUGAUCAAUGGCGGUACUGGACCUGUGCUAGCUUUCACCGAGAUCAUCUUCAAAAUGUCAGAGUCCCUUGAUGUCCCCUUCCUUACGUUUAACUGUUGGGUCGGAAUUUGGGUUUGCAUUUUUAUGUGCCUUGCGGCUUUCACGGAUCUCAAUCGCAUCAUCGUCUAUGCUACGCGAUUCACGGAUGAGAUUUUCGCUCUCUUGAUUGCUUUCAUCUUCAUCAUCAAUGCUCUCGGCAAUCCCUUUGCAACCGUUGGAUUGGCCUACUACUUUCAGCCCGAUCACAAGUCACAUGAGAAGCACGCCAACGAUCCAGACUACAACUAUUUGGCUGCCGCUCUGCUAUCCUUUCUCCUUUGUAUUGGAGUUGUCCAGACUGCCUUCGCGCUGCGAAAGACCAAGUUCUCUCCCUUCUUACCCAAUCAAACCAUGCGCAACGUUGUCACCGACUUUGCAGUUGUCGCAUCUAUUGCGUUUUGGACAUUUGUUGAUCAAGUGAUUUUCAAGAGCAUCCCCACAGAAACACUGAAUGUACCAGAUUCAUUUGCACCAACCUAUGCUUGCUGCACUGAGUCAUGUGAGACCAACUGGCCCGACGAUUGCCCCGACCUUGCCGAACCAUUUGGAAGGAGAGGUUGGUUUGUGGAUAUCGGGGAUCUCAACGGCAAGGGGUGGGUGCCACUCAUGGCAGCAGGUCCCGCAAUCCUUGCAUUCAUCUUGGUUUUUCUCGAUGACGGUAUCACGUGGCACUUGAUCAAUCAUCCCUCCCACAAGCUCACGCACGGAGCUGCCUACAACUAUGACACGUUGAUCAUUGGAGUUAUGAUUCUCGUCAAUUCACUGCUCGGGCUCCCGUGGUUGGUGGCUGCAACAGUCAGAUCGUUGAAUCAUGUACAUGCACUUGCGGAGAAGACGCCACAAGGGAAAAUCGUCUCGGUGAGAGAGACCCGACUGACUCAUCUGGGUAUUCAUGGUCUCUGUUUUGUCUCCAUUUUUGCCUUGAACAUUUUGAAAAUUAUCCCAAUGCCAGUUCUCUAUGGCGUCUUUUUGUUCAUGGGGCUUGUUUCUCUCGGAACGAACCAAUUUUUCGGGCGCGUCCAGAUGUUCUUGAUGCAACCUUCAAAGUAUCCGGUCGAGCCCUACACUCAAUACGUCAAGCCAAACAGGAUGCGUCUCUUUACGGCCAUUCAACUGGGUCUAUUCGUUUUAUUGUAUGUCGUCAAAGCAAUCAAGACCAUUGCGAUUGCAUUCCCCAUCAUCAUUGCUCUGUGCAUUCCGGUCAGGCUUUACGUCCUCCCGAGGAUCUUCACAACGGAAGAACUGGUGAUGAUAGAUAGCGAUGAAGCCACCGUCCGAAAGUGGUUGGCUCGCAAAAAGGCUGAGACCGAGAAGCAUGUAUCUUUUGAUGAGGAUGAUGUUGAGAAGCAGCAGGGUGCUAUUGCUGAAGACGCUAACGAUGAAGGAGAUUCGUCACGAAAGGAUGGCGACCAAGAGCACGACGACGUUAUCCUUGGGCUGCCGACUAAACAGGAUCUUGACCCCAGCAAGCGCACUGAGAGAAGACAACGCAGGAAGUCCUUGUCGUGCCCAGAACACAGUCUGUUUUUCUCAUCGGAAAUGGAUCUCGAGGAUGCGGAUGCAGAUGCUGCAACGGACGAUGGUACUUCGAUGGACGAAGGAUCCUCCUACGCUUCUGAAGAUGACGCCGUGCCUGUGGUGCCCUUGGGCGAACGGAUCAGAAUGCGGGGUCGUCGCAGAAAGUCUUUGUCAUGCCCACCUCAUCAACUCUUCAACGAAGCCGAGAGAUACCUCAACAAGAACUAUUUCUUUGGUUGAUCAGACGUUGGUUCACGGUACAUCCAGGUCCUCUGGGUCGAUUUCGAUUAAUGCAGUUAGUCUAUUAUGUUGUAUUUUG